UGCCAAUUCAACUUUUUAUCAAUCAACUAUCUAACUUUUUCGUCUCCGAAGAUAAAUUCCAUUAGCGAAGACGCAAGAUAAUAUUUAGUUCAUGGUCGAGUAUUAAUUACCCGGUUCGUACCAUAAAACGCUAGAGCACACAGGUACUAGAUAGGGAUAGCAAAACAUGGCCGAGGUCGAGACGCGCCACCUAGGCGAACGCUCGCCAAAGGAAGUUUCUAUCCCUCGUUCUCCGCGCCGCGAUAACGAUCGCGGUCGACCUCGAGAUGGCGGCGACAAGUAUAGACCGGCACGCGAUAGAGGCCGUCGUUCACCACCUCCCCGACAGCGAUCGCCACCCCGACAGCGUACGCCGCCGAAGAUACCUACUGAGGAGGAGAAGCAGGCUGCCGCAAAGGCUGAGUAUCAGAAGCUCCUCAACAUGAGAUCGGGAGGAACAUACAUCCCUCCUGCACGUCUACGAGCGCUGCAAGCCCAGAUCACGGAUAAGACGAGCAAGGAAUACCAGCGCAUGGCCUGGGAAGCAUUGAAGAAGAGCAUCAACGGUCUUAUCAACAAGGUAAACGUCUCGAACAUCAAGCACAUCGUCCCGGAGAUGUUCCAAGAAAAUCUGGUCAGAGGCCGAGGAUUAUUUUGUAGGAGCAUCAUGAAGGCGCAAGCUGCUAGCUUGCCCUUCACGCCGGUUCUUGCGGCUAUGGCGGCUAUUGUCAACACGAAACUGCCGCAGGUUGGCGAGCUACUAGUCAAGAGAUUGGUCAUGCAAUUCAGGAAGGCAUUUAAGCGGAAUGACAAGGCGGUCUGUCUGUCCUCCACGAUGUUCAUCGCGCAUUUGGUAAAUCAGCAGGUGGUCCACGAGAUGGUGGCCGCCCAGAUCCUGAUCCUCUUGUUACAAAAACCGACCGACGACAGCGUGGAGAUUGCGGUAGGCCUGACGAAAGAGGUAGGACAACAUCUUGAAGAGAUGAGUCCUGCGAUCGCCAAUAUCGUUUUCGACCAGUUCCGGAACAUCCUGCACGAGGCGGACAUAGAUAAGCGGGUCCAAUUCAUGAUCGAAGUACUGUUCCAGGUACGAAAGGACAAAUUCAAGGACAACCCUACGAUCAAGGAGGAAUUAGACUUAAUCGAAGAAGAGGACCAGAUCACGCAUCGAGUCGAAUUAAAUGCUGACCUGGACUUGCAAGAUGGGCUUAACAUUUUUAAGUUCGACCCUGAGUGGGAGGAGAAUGAGGCGGCGUAUAAGAGUUUAAGAGCCGAAAUCUUGGGAGAAGGUAGCGAUGACGACGGCGAUGACGACGACGACGAGAGCUCCGACGAAGAAGAGGAGGAACAAAAAGCUAUAGAGAUUAAGGAUCAGUCUAAUACUGACCUGGUGAACCUGCGCAAGACUAUCUACCUAACUAUCAUGAGCAGUAUGGACCCUGAAGAGUGCGUCCACAAGCUUCUAAAGGUCAGCCUGCCUCCUGGGCAAGAGCCGGAACUGCCAUCUAUGGUGGUCGAGUGUUGCAGUCAAGAGAAGACUUAUUCCAAGUUCUUCGGCUUGAUCGGAGAACGGUUUUCCAAAAUAAACAGGGUCUGGUGCGAUCUCUUCACGCAGAGCUUUGAGAAAUACUACGAGACCAUUCACCGAUACGAGACUAAUCGACUACGAAAUAUCGCGAGAUUCUUUGGCCACCUGCUUGGGUCGGACGCUAUCGGCUGGCACGCGCUCUCUAUCAUACACCUAAACGAAGAGGAGACUACCUCCGCUAGCCGAAUCUUUAUCAAGAUCCUAUUUCAGGAAAUCUCCGAAGAGCUCGGCAUGGCAAAGUUGCAGUCUCGAAUGCGAGACGAGACGUUGCAGGAAAGCUUUACAGGCCUCUUCCCUCGCGACAACGCCCGGAACGUGCGAUUCUCGAUCAACUACUUUACUAGCAUCGGUAUGGGUGCUCUCACGGAAGAGAUGAGAGAGUACUUGGCGAACAUGCCGAAGCCGGCUCUUCCCGCACCGCCGGCCGCCGCCGCCGACGACUCAGACUCCGAUUCGGUAUCCAGCUAUUCGUCGUACACCGGCUCUUCUUAUUCGUCCCGCUCUAGAUCUAGGUCUCGAACGCCGCGAAGGGCUCUCAAUAGGGGCCGCUCGGUGUCCCGAACACCACCGCGACGUGGCCGGUCGCCGUCGUAUAGUAGAAGCCCGUCGCGCGCUCGUUCGUACUCUUACAGCUCGUCGCGGAGUCCGUCUCCGCGGAGAGCUAGUAAGCGGUACUCUGCUUCCCCAAGCCCUCCCCGCGGCCGUCGGAAUUCCAACUAUUCGCGUUAUAGAUCGGCAACUCCACGACCUGCGCGAGGAAACGCUGCUAGGCCCCACUCAUAUAGUCGCGAUCGAGGCUCCGGCCGAUCUCGUUCGUACACACCUUCACAAAGCCGCAGCCCACCAUCUCGUAAAGCAACAACUAAGCCCUCCAUAAGCCGCAGUCCACCUUCGCGCAGGGUGCCGGCAGCAAGACGAGAUUCUCGUUCGGCCAGUCCACCUCUCCAUCGGCAGCGCCGCGGCUCAAGCUAUUCCCGGUCCCGAUCCCCACCCACGCAACGGGGUCGUCCUUCGCGAAAGUCGCUCUCUCCACUGCCCGUAAGGCGGCGUAGGAAAACGAGCUCCGUCAGCACCGCGCCUCGCAAGAGACCCCGAUACGAUAGCCGAUCUCCUAGCCCGGAUGGCGCGAAGAGGAGACGGUACAGCUCAAGCUCAAGCUCAAGCCGGAGCAGGUCGAGGUCGCCGUUGCCGCCACGCGCGAGAAGAGAUACGAGGGAUAGAGGCCGAGAUAGGGAUUAGGAAUCUUAUCUACCUAGAAACAUGGAUAAGGGUAGAAGUUUGCAAGGCAGAAUGAGGUCUGGAUCUAGGCCAAGGAGUUGCGAGUUUAACGGGUAGCAAAAGGAAAUCUCAUCCUAGGGGGAGGACUCGGUUCGAAUACGAGAGCUGUUAUCGAAGCUCAUCUCGUAGAAGACAUUCCUCUUCCUGUAGCCGUUGUAGUCCGAGCCCGUCCUGCGGUAGAGAAAACAGGCGUAGUUCUUCCUGCGAUCCCGAGAUGUAGACCCACCGCGCCGAUCUGACCCAACAAGACUCCGUCGGGAUAACGAACUAUUAGAUAUGGUUAUUAAUAGGGAUAGUCAAGAAUCCACGGAUCGGUUAUCUAGAUUGCCACCCAGACCAUUCUUAAGUGUUCUUUUUUAAGUCGUCGCAUCCGAAAUAGGCCG